ACUCACAGCUGCAGAUGCGCAUCGAGUCCCUCGUCAUCGACGGAUUCAAGUCCUAUGCCGUCCGCACAGAAGUCUUCUUCGACGCGACAUUCACUGCCAUCACAGGCCUCAAUGGUUCCGGCAAAUCUAACAUUCUCGACGCGAUUUGCUUUGUCCUUGGUAUCACCAAUAUGACCACCCUACGCGCUCAGAACUUGCAAGAUCUUAUCUAUAAGCGCGGACAGGCGGGUAUUACCAAGGCGAGUGUCACGAUUGUCUUUGCGAAUGAUGUGGAGAAGACGUCGCCCGUCGGUUUCAGCUCAAAGGAUCAUCCAACCAUCAGUGUGACGCGACAGAUUGUCAUGGGUGGUACAAGCAAGUACUUGAUUGAUGGCCGACGUGCGCAACAGCAGUCUGUGCAAAAUCUCUUCCAAUCCGUCCAGCUCAACAUCAACAAUCCCAACUUCCUCAUUAUGCAAGGACGAAUCACAAAAGUCCUCAAUAUGAAGCCCCUUGAGAUCCUCAGUAUGAUUGAAGAAGCUGCUGGUACACGUAUGUUUGAAGAGCGGAAGGAAAAGGCUAUCCGGAAUAUCGCCAAGAAGGAAGCCAAGGUACAGGAAAUCAAUGCACUGCUCGCUGAAGAAAUUGAUCCAAAGCUUGACAAACUCAGACUUGAGAAGCGUGCAUGGCUCGAGUUUCAGCAAACCCAGAUGGACAUGGAACGCACAUCAAAGCUGGUUGUGGCGCACGACUAUGAUCACUUGACGAGUAUGGUCCAAAAUGCUGGCGAAGCGCUCCGUCAACGCACUGAUGCCAUUGUAGCGCUGGAAGCAGCUCAAACGCGCAUGAAGCACGAAAUGGGCAACAUUGAACAGCAAGUCAAGGAGAUUCAUGCCAAGCGCGACAAGGAAGUCCGCAAAGGUGGUCGCUACGCCAAGCUGGAAGAGGAAGCCAAGGCACUCUCACAUGAACUUGUCAGGCUCACCACCAAUAUUGAGUUGAAGCAGGAGAGCUUGCGGGAAGAUAAGAGCGCAGCCAGCAACGUCGAGGCUCAAAGGCAACAGCUGCAAGUCCAAAUGACUGCCAAGCAAGCAGCAUACAAGGCAGCUGAAGUCAAGCAUGUCGCCCUUCGAACUGCCUUUACAGAAACCGAUGGUGAGUGCGCAAAGAAGGAUGAGCUACUGCAAACCCUCUCGACUGGAUUUGCCGCAAAAGAAGGCCAAGAUUCUGGCUACCUCGAUUUGCUUGCUGAUGCACAAAAGCGAGCAGCGCAAGCGGCUACAGAACAAGAACAAGCCAAGCUCAAAAUUGCCCAUUGCGAAAAGAGCAUCAAGGAAGCUGAGCCAAAAUCCAAGCUAGCUGAGCAGCGUAAUCGCACGUUGCGCAAGGAGCUCGAUGUGCUACGUCAAGAAGUUCUGGCACUCGAGAAGAAGCUGUCCAAGCUUGGCAUUGAUCCUGGAGCACAGUCGCAGAUGCAGACACAACAACGUGAUCUCAAGGCCAAUAUCAGACAAAUGACUUCUCAGGCCGAUACAUUGCGUCGCAAAGUGGCGAAUCUCGAUUUUUCCUACUCUGACCCAACACCCAACUUUGACAGGUCUCAAGUGAAAGGUCUCGUUGCACAGCUCUUUACGCUUGAUCAACAACAUUUCGCUUCGGCUACUGCACUAGAAAUUUGCGCCGGUGGUCGACUGUAUAAUGUCGUUGUUGAGAAUGAAAAGGUGGGUUCUCUCUUGCUCUCUGGUGGCAAGCUUCGCAAACGCGUGACCAUCAUUCCACUCAAUAAAAUAUCGGCGAUGCGUGCUUCUGCCGAAAAACUCGGUGCUGCGCAACGGCUUGCUCCGGGUAAGGUCGAGCUGGCUCUAUCACUUGUUGGGUAUGACGACGAAGUUGCAAAAGCUAUGGAAUUCGUGUUUGGUACAACACUCAUCUGUGCGGAUGCAGAGACUGCAAAACGCGUCACGUUUGAUCCGCAAGUCAAGCUCAAGAGUGUGACGUUGGAAGGCGACGUGUAUGAUCCAUCAGGCACGCUGUCUGGUGGAAGCAAGCCCAAUAGCGCAGGCGUUCUCAUCACUUUGCAACAACUCAAUGAGGUGGGUGCGUCUCUGUCAGCUGCACAAAGUCAACUGCAGCAACUCGAAUCGCAGCUUGAAAAGGACGCCCAACGCCAUGCUCAAGCUGCUGAGCUCACCAAUCAACUCGACCUCAAGCAUCACGAAGUAUCUGUUCGCGAAGAGCAAAUUGGUGCGAACUCUGAUUCUCGCAUCCUGACAGAAAUUGAUGAGCUGCGGACAUCCAUUCAAGCAUUCCAAAGUACCAUUGCAACUGCCAAGGAGGCGCAAGAGAUUGCCAAGCGCGAUGUCAAGCAAGUUGAGCGUGAUAUGGCUGAAUUCAAGAGCAACAAGGGCGGCAAGCUCUCUGCACUCAAGAAGGAAGUGGAGGCAUUGCGCAAGACUGCAGCAUCCCAAGGUAUCGCUGCAAAAGAGGCUGCCAAAGCCUAUCAAGCAUUGCAAUUGGAGCAAGAGCAAUUAGCGAGUGAAGCAGAAGCUGCCCAAGAGCAAUUAUCUGAAAUGAAGGCUUCCUUGGCGCAGCAUGAAGAAGAACUAGCAACGCUUGCACAGACACGGAAGGAAGUUUCAGAUCGCCAUGAUGCGCUAGCUGCAGAGCUUGCUGAUGAACGUAGCCGACUCACAGCGUUUGAUACAGAAUUGGAGGAGCUCAACAAGACGAGAGAGCUCAAGGUCGCUGCUGUCGCGCAAGCUGGCUUGGAUUGUGCCAAACAGAAGCAUCAAUUGGAUGAGUUCAAGAAGGAGAAUGGUCAGGUGGAGCAGCGGUUGCAAAAGCUGGUCGCAGAGCAGCCUUGGAUUCCGGAGUGCGUGGACGACUUCGGCAAGCCUGGUGGUAUGUUUGAUUACCGUGCGGCAGACCUCAAAACAACACGCGAGCACUUGAAGACAUUGACGGAGCGGUUCACAGUCAUGCGAAAGCGUGUGAAUGCCAAGGUGAUGAACAUGAUUGAGGGUGUCGAGAAGAAAGAGACGAGUUUGAAGCAGAUGGUGCGCACGAUUCACAAGGACAAGCUCAAGAUUGAGGAGACAAUUGUUUCUCUUGAAGCGUAUAAAGUCAAAGCACUUGACGAGACAUGGCAAAAGGUAACGGUCGACUUUGGCAACAUCUUUGGAGAGCUCUUGCCUGGCAAUACUGCAAAGCUGGUACCACUAGAAGGCAGAGAUGUGACUGCUGGUCUCGAAGUCAAGGUUUGUUUAGGCAAAGUCUGGAAACAGUCAUUGACGGAAUUGUCUGGUGGUCAACGAUCUCUCAUUGCCCUUUCUCUCAUCAUGUCCUUGUUGCAGUACAAGCCAGCGCCCAUGUACAUUCUCGACGAAGUAGACGCUGCGCUCGAUCUCAGCCACACCCAAAAUAUCGGUGCGUUGAUCAAGUCUCGCUUCAAGGGCUCUCAAUUCAUCGUCGUUUCCCUCAAAGAGGGCAUGUUCACCAAUGCCAACCGCAUCUUCCGGACCAAGUUUGUCGACAAUACGUCGGUUGUAUAUAUAAGCAAUCAGUAGUCUUUAGCAUGAAUGUCGCGGCCCAUAAGGUCGAUACCCAGGGCAUUGAGUCUUCGUGAAUGUUGAUUCUCGAAGCAGUGAACACCAUACUCGCCUUGAAUGCGUCGUCCUUGUUCGCGAUCCACAAAGGGGACGCCUUCGCCACUGAUACCAGCUUGCCAAAAGACAAGGCAUUCACACAGACCUUCGUGAAUGACUUUGGUUG